AUGGGGACCCUGCCCGGGCCCCCCAGCAUCCACGCAGACCCCAGCCCCACCCCUGCGGCCUGGGCCUCCCUGCGGAAGACGGCGAUCCUCCUGUGCCUGCUGUCCAGCACAUCCCUGUCCCCCACACGGGGGCAGGUCAGGAUCCCUGUGGAAACAGUGAAGCUGUGGGCAGACACCUUUGGCCGGGACCUGUAUGACACAGUCACCAAGUACUCGGGCUCCCUCCUGCUACAGAAGAAAUACAAGGACGUGGAGUCCAGUCUGAAGAUCAAGGAGGUGGACGGCUUGGAGCUAGUGAGGAAGUUCUCAGAGGACAUGGAGACCAUGCUCCGCAGAAAAGUGGAGGCCGUCCAGAAUCUGGUGGAGGCUGCCGAGGAGGCCGACCUGAACCACGAAUUCAACGAGUCCCUGGUGUUCAACUAUUACAACUCCGUCCUCCUCAACGAGAAGGACUCGAGCGGGGCAUACGUGGAGCUGGGGGCCGAGUUCCUCCUAGAGGCCAACGCGCACUUCAGCGACCUGCUGGUGAACACGACCCUGAGCAGCGUGCAGCUGCCCACCAACGUCUACAACAAAGACCCAGAUAUCUUGAAUGGAAUCUACAUGUCCGAAGCUCUGAACGCUGUCUUCGUGGAGAACUUCCAGAGAGACCCGACGCUGACCUGGCAGUACUUCGGCAGCUCCACGGGGUUCUUCCGCAUCUACCCAGGCAUCAAGUGGACGCCAGAUGAGAACGGUGUCAUCACCUUCGACUGCCGGAACCGUGGCUGGUACAUACAAGCUGCCACCUCCCCGAAGGACAUCGUGAUCGUGGUGGACACAAGCGGCAGCAUGAAGGGGCUGCGGAUGACCAUCGCCAAGCACACGGUCUCCACCAUCCUGGACACGCUGGGGGAGAACGACUUCGUGAAUAUCAUUGCGUAUAACGACUACAUCCACUACAUCGAGCCUUGUUUUAAGGGGAUCUUGGUCCAGGCAGAUCGGGACAACCGAGAGCACUUCAAACAGCUGGUGGACGAGUUGAUGGUCAAAGGUGUGGGGGUCGUGGACCGAGCCCUCCGUGAAGCCUUCCAGAUCCUGCAGCAGUUCCAAGAGGCUGGGCAAGGAAGCCUGUGCAACCAGGCCAUCAUGCUGAUCACCGACGGGGCCGUGGAAGACUAUGAGCCGGUGCUGGAGAAGUACAACUGGCCGGACCGCAAGGUCCGGGUCUUCACCUACCUGAUUGGGAGGGAAGUGAGUUUUGCUGACCGCUUGAAGUGGAUCGCCUGCAACAACAAAGGCUACUAUACACAGAUCUCCACACUGGCGGAUGCGCAGGAAAACGUGAUGGAAUACUUGCAUGUGCUUAGCCGGCCCAUGGUCAUCAACCACGACCAUGACAUCACCUGGACCGAAGCCUACAUGGACAUUCUCCACCCACAGGCACGGAGCCUGGCACUGCUGACCACCGUGGCCAUGCCUGUCUUCAGCAAGAAGAAUGAGACGCGGUCCCACGGCAUCCUCCUGGGCGUAGUGGGCUCUGACGUGGCCCUGAGGGAGCUGAUGAAGCUGGCGCCCCGGUACAAGUACCAAGAGGGGAAGAAACUGAAGCCCAAGCCCAACUACAACAGCGUGGACCUCUCGGAAGUGGAGUGGGAGGACCAGGCCGGAACGCUGAGAACAGCCAUGAUCAACGGGGAGACCGGGUCUCUCUCCAUGGACGUCAAAGUCCCGCUGGACAAAGGGGUGGUUCAGGUAUCAGCCAAGCCUCAAAAGAUGAUCUUCCAGGAGGGAGAGAGCAUGGAGGUCCAGGGUGAAUCCAACAGAACGGGAGCGGAGGGGGCCUUCCCCUCUCUUGUCCAGGUCCUUCUCAGGAAAGAGGCUGAUGACAAAGCAGAAGUCUUUGCCAGGGUUCAGGGAGGGAGUUUGGGGGUGGUGCUGUCCCGAGGUCACGGAGAAUACAUCCUCCUGGGGAACACGUCAGUGGAAGAAGGCCUGCACGACCUGCUUCACCCAGACCUGAGCCUGGCUGGCGACUGGAUCUAUUGCAUCACGGAUAUCGACCCAGAGCACCGCAAGCUGAGCCAGCUGGAGGCUGUGGUGCGCUUCCUGACCCAGGAGGACCCCGCCCUAGAGUGUGACGAGGAGCUGCUGCAGGAGGCGCUGUUUGACGCGGUGGUCACAGCCCCCAUGGAGGCGUACUGGACGGCGCUGGCCCUCAACAGCUCUGAUGAGUCCGAGCAAGUGGUGGACAUGGCCUUCCUGGGCACCCGGGCCGGCCUCCUCAGAAGCAGCCUGUUUGUGGGCUCCGAGAAGGUCUCCGACAAGAAGUUCCUGACUCCGGCAGAUGAGGACAGCAUGUUCACCCUGGACCACUUCCCUCUGUGGUACCGCCAGGCUGCCGAGCAUCCUCCCGGCAGCAUGGUCUUCAACCUCCGCUCAGCAGAAGGACCAGAAAGUCCCGGCGAGCCUGCGGUGGUGACAGUGAGCACAGCUGUAGCCGUGAGUGUGGACAACAGGACGGCCAUCGCUGCAGAGCUCUGGGGGGCCCUGGAGGAGCUGGUCACGCUGGUGACUUCCAGAGGCUCAGAGUCUGCGGAGACUGGGAGGAAGGUGGAAAGGGGAUGGCAGAGAGAGAGCCAGCAUGCUCCCGCACCCUCUUUGGCGGGCUCUCAGGCCACGGAGGAGAUCUGCUUCUGGUCCUCGUGCUCACCCUCCGGGUCACCCAUGAGAGGCUGGCGCUUCUUGAGCUCGCGGUGGUACUUGGCCAUGAGGGAGGCGUAUAUGCAGCCCUCCUUGGGCAGGGUGCAGGCCAACUGGUCCAGGCGCCCCCCUGCAUCGGGAGAGAGAAAAGGUGGGAUGAGAACCAGCAGUCCCUCCCCCAGCCCCAGGUUCCACGUGGAGGGCCCAGGAGGACCAGUUUCCACCAUCAAGGCACAGCUGCAGGCCGACCAGGGGCUCGAAGGUCCGGCGGUCCAGGCUCUGCAGGCGGUUGGCGCGCAGCGACAGGGAGCGGAGGGCAGGCAGCCCGUCGAAGAGGCCGGGCGGGAGCCGGGCCAGCCCGUUGAGGGACAGGUCCAGGUGGCGCAGGCGCGGCAGGGGCCGCAGCAGCGCGGUGUCCAGGGCCCGGAGGCUGUUGUUACGGAGCUGCAGCUCCGUCAGGUUGCCCAGGUCCCCGAAGGCCGCACGCGGCAGCCGGUCCAGGAAGUUGUUGGAGAGGUCCAGCCGCUGCAGGCCCGACAGGUUGGCGAAGGCCCCGCCGGGCAGGGAGCUCAGCCUGUUGUUGAGGAGCAGGAGGCUGCGCGUGGCGGCCGGCAGGCCCGGGGGCAGCGCAGUCAGGCCCAGGCCGCUGCAGUCCACCUGCAGGCCACGGCCAUCGCAGAUCUGGGGAAAAACUCAUCAGCUCAGGGGCUCGUGCUGCAGUGGGGAGACAGGCCGGGCAGAGGCUGCCAAGCUGCCCAGUUGGAGCGCAGCGCCUGCGGGUCCUCAGCAGUGGCCAGGCAGGGGCAUCUGCUCAGCGUGGGGGCCGCUCAGGAUGUGGGGCGGCAGGGAGGGGACCACUGUUGUUGGGCGGGGCACCUGGUUCUGGACUUCAGCCCCUAUCCCCUGCUCUGGAGGGCUCACGGCCUCUCAGGGGCUGCAGAGGAGGCACGCUGGGCAGAUGUGGGGCCAGCAGCCGUCACAUGGUGGUCGCCGUGGGCCGGGCUCACACACAGCCUCCAGACCGCCAUCACCGAGGUCACUGUCCACUCUCUCAGCCCCGACCCUCGGAACAGUCCCUCACUGCUCCCGCCAGCAAGGACCUUCAUGUCAGCAGCUUGCAGCACCCACCCGGUCACGUCCAUCCCCGAGUCCAUCCCCCUGAGACCUGUCCAUCCUGGGUCCAAGCCCCAUAGCCAGAAACGUCCACUGUGCCUUGACCGGCACGCCUGCCCCUGGGACAUCAUGCCAACCAGCUGCACACCCUCUCCCCUGGAUAUCCGCCCCAGAAUGAGACUUCUGCACCCUGCGUUCUGCGGAGAGGUGAAGGUCACAGAGGCGAGAGGCCGGGCUGAGGCCAAUGCCCAGGGCCCCGAGGGCAGCGCCUCCUUCACGCCCACCCAAGCCCAAAGGCCCCCCGUAGGCAGGACCAGGGUGCCCACGCUGAGCCCUGGGGGUGGCACAGGGCUGUGCCCUCCACCUGCGACCACCGGCCUAGCCUUCCGGGCCCUUCCUGCCUCUUCCCUGCCCAGCACCCGGAACACACGCGGCUCAAGCAAUUCCGGGGCUGUCUGUGCCGAGCUGGGCAUGCAGGUGGCCCAGGGCCCCCGGCUGGCACCCCGCAUGCUGCAGGGACGGUUUCUAUGCCACCGGGCCUGUCGUCUGGCCCCGUGGCUGCCUCCUCCCUCCUCCUCUGGCAGAAUCCUGGCUCCUGUCCCCAUCACCGGGAGUGGGUUCCCCUGGGUCCUCGAGCACCAGGCCCAGCUAGAUCUCCAGCACCCAGCACCCCCAUCUCUAGGAAGGCGGGACUCCAAGUGGAGGGAGGAGUUCUGUGAGCCCCCACCCCAAGCCGUGGGCAUCCAGAUGAGGAUGGAGUUCCUGCAGCGCAGCUUCUGGGCCGCCACCCAGCAGGUGGGUGUGGGGGUGCAGGCGGACACUCAGCGUGAGGACCCUGACCUGUGCACCGAGCUGCUGCCACCAGCAAGGUCCUGCCCGCAUCUCAGCCGCGGACCCCGCGUGCACACACACAGGCUUGGAGCAGCCCCCUGUCCCUCCCUCUCCCUCUUCUUGCCCUCGCAGGUGGGCCGAUUCCUGGGGGAGGUGGAUGGUGCGCUCGUGACCCAGCUGCUCAGCAUGGGGGUGUUCAGCCAAGUGACCAUGUACGACUACCAGGCCAUGUGCAGACCCCCGACCCACCACCACAGUGCCUCCCAGCCCCUGGUCAGCCCCAUCUCUGCCCUCCUGACGGCUACCAGGUGGCUGGUGAAUGAGCUCCUGCUCUGCCAGGGGAGGGCCUCUGCCCCCCAGGAGCCUCCAGACAAGGGUUCCCUGGGAGAAGGGGCAGACAGUCUGGGGACCAGUGAGGCGGGCAAGCAGAGACACCAGAAGGCAGUGUCCUGUGGUCCAGAGGCCAAGGCGCCACACAGGGAACUGCUAUCUGCUCACCCAGGAGUGGACUGGAGGGGGAGGCCCAGGGCUUGUCUGGGAGCUGUGUUUGCAGAGCGCCCACUGGACCAUCCACAGGGAGCAGGGCUGUCGUCUCCCAGGCCCCCCAUGCCCUGCUUGCUGCCCCUGACCUCCUCCCAGCCCCUGGACAUCACUGCUAACGCCCACAAGCACAAGAAGCAGGACCUACUGCAGCCCUGCGACACCGCCUACCCCGUGUUCGUCCACCAGACGACUGUGCGGGAAGCCAACGGCACCGUGGAGUGCCGCGCCUGCCAGAAGUCGUUUGUGAUGCAGCAGGUCCCCAGCAGCAACCUCCUGCUCCUGGUGACCGACCGCACCUGUGACUGCAGCAUCUUCCCGCCAGUGCUGCGGGAGGCAGAGGAAGUCAAAUAUAACGCCUCCGUCAAGUGCAACAGGAUGCGUUCCCAGAAGCUCCGCCGGCGCCCGGACACCUGCCACGCCUUCCAUCCAGAGGAGAACGCCCAGGACUGCGGAGGUGCCUCAGACACUUCGGCCUCAUUACCCCUGCUCCUGCUGCCUCUGUGGGCCUGGGUGCUGCCGUCCCAGCUGCUGCGGUGACCACACCCCGUUGGGCCUGCUUUGACGCUGGGAAGAGUCAGCAGUCCACCGUGCCGUCUGGCACUCUACAGCUGGGUUCUCUUGCCCAAG